CAUUUAACUGAGUUGUUUGCUGUGGUUGGUGUUGUCUUAAACAAAAUAAUUUUUACAUUAUUUAAGUGUAACAUUUAAAAUCGGUAAAUAUCACAAUGCAAGCUGAAAAUAAACCUGAUACUACUAAUAUUGAAGUUACAACUUCUACGAAUGAUACUACUGCAAAUGUUCAAGAUAAACCAAGCGUUUUCCAACGAGCAGAAAACCAUGGCGGCAAUGAAGGGACCGGCGAAAGAUUUGGACGUGGUGGAAGAUUCGGUGGCCCCAGAGGAGGAGGCGGCGGGGGCGGCUCCGGUUCGAAUCAGAGAGGUGGCAGAAACUUUGAACAAAGAAGAGGUGGUAACCGUGGAGGUUAUAGAGGUGGAAGAAAUGUGAAAACUGAGGGUGAGGGUGGAGAAGGUGGGUAUGGGUUUGAUAAUAGAGAUGACCAUAGUGGGGGUGGAAUGAGGGGACCAAGAGGUGGAAUGAGAGGACCUGAAGACAAAUUCUUGGAAAGAUUAAACCAAAUUAGAGGACCUACUUAUGAUUUACCUCCACUAGAUUUCACAGAAAAAAAGUUUAAUGGACGAAACAGAUUAUACAUAGGUAAUAUUGGAUCAGAAGUAACGGAAGAAGAAUUAGUUGAACUUUUUAAACCCUAUGGUGAAAUAGCUGAAGUUUUUGUGAAUAAAGAUAAAAACUUUGGUUUUGUCAAAGUAGAUUAUCAUUGCAAUGCAGAGAAGGCAAAAAGGGAACUUGAUGGCACUGUUGUUAAGUCUCGUACUUUGAAAAUAAGAUUUGCUCCUAAUUCAGCUUCAGUUAAAGUUAAAAAUCUUACUCCUUAUGUUUCCAAUGAAUUGCUGCACUAUGCCUUUUCUAUUUUUGGAGAGGUUGAGAGAGCAACUGUGUGUGUUGAUGAGAGAGGAAAAACCACAGGAGAAGCUAUCAUUGAUUAUGCUCGCAAGGGAUCUGCCCUACAUGCUAUUAGAAGGUGUUCAGAAGGUUGUUUCUUCUUAACUGGUUCUCUACAACCUGCGAUUGUAGAGUCUUUUGAUGUGGUAGAUGACAUUGAUGGAUAUCCAGAGAGAAACAUUAACAAGAAGAAUCCAGAAUUUUCAAAUGAGAGGGAACAAGGUCCAAGAUUCGCUGCUCCUGGCUCUUUUGAGAACGAGUACGGUAUGAGAUGGAAACAAUUGUAUGAUCUACAUGCACAAAAAGAAGAAGCUCUUAAGAAAGAAUUUGAUCUAGAAAAAGAAAAAUUAAUAGCUCAAAUGGAAUAUGCUAAAUAUGAGCAUGAAACUGAAAUGCUUAGAAAUCAAUUGAGAGCUAGAGAAAUGGACAAAGAUAGACAGAAGAGAGAGUGGGAAAUGAAGCAGAGGCAGGUGGAAGAAGAAAGAAUGAGAGCUGAAGAACUGAGGAGAAGAUCUCAAGAACAUUUGGAAUCGAGACUAUCCGUUCAAGAUGAAUUAAGAAGGAAACAACAAGAAAAUAACCUUUUCAUGCAAGCACACAAUUUGAAUUCUAUUCUAGAUCAACAAGAGCAUGUUUAUGAUACGCCAAUCGAAUAUAGUAAAGAUUCUCAAGGGGAUAAUGUAACAAUGGAUCCAAAAUCGUUCAUGAGUUCGUAUGAGCGCCACAGUGGCAAUCGCUUUGAACGCGACGUAUCACGUCAAGAAAGUAGUAACCGAGGCGGCGGACAUUGGGUCAACGAUAGUCGACACGCUGAUGAUUUGCCUAGUAAAAGACGUCGAUUUUAAGAAUUUUACUUAAUAUAAUAAAAUUUUUUAUAUUCGUUCUUGAAUACCCACUCACAUACUUAUUUAUUGUGGUAUUUACGAUUACCGUUUUUCUUUUCAACCUCCGAUCGCUCCGUGCAGACUACACUACACACUUCGCCAUUGUUGACAUUCAGGCGUCAGUCGGCGUUGUGCUACAGCCACGUAAACAUGUUAUUGAUGCUCCCGCCAAGUGUAAUUCGUUUUCUACUGGCUGAAGGCCAUAGUAUUGCAGAAAUCCAUCGUAGAAUGAAUCGGGUGUAUGGCGAAAACUUUGAGUGAUGAGAGUUAGGCGUGAAUGAUGUCGAAUGUCGAAAGUUUAAAGAUGAUGUGCAUGAUGAAGGGGACCAAGGUCGCAAAGCUGUCGUUUCAGAUGACAGAUUGACAGAUUGGUUAAAGGAAAUUGCAGAUUUACCAUUACUGCUUUGUCCACGAAAUUUCCAGAAGUUUCAAGGUCUGUUUUGUACUCUACUUGCAACUUCCUUUGAAGACGGUAUGGAAAAGCUUAUCAACAGAUAUGAUUUUCGGUGAUUCUGUACCGAAAAUCCGUAAGUGUACCAAUCUUUUCGUAAUAAAAAUAUUGUUUUAUAUGGUCUCUCCUUUUAUUUAUAGCCUAUCGGAGGUUGAAAGAAAAAUGGCCCUCGUAACUCUCGUUCUACGUACAUUCAUGAAAAUUUCAUGGGUGCACGUAAUAAAACGAUUUCUAAUUAACUUGGUAUAAGUAUUUAUAUUCAUAGCUUCAUUUUAUUAGUGUUUUGUGAAAUGUGUAGGUGUUACGUAAAUUGAAUUCAUAAUAUUAUUGUAUGCAUUUAAUAAAUGUAUAUACAAGUAGAAUAAAAAUUAAUCUUUACUUA